UGCACGCCGACCAGUUGAGACACACCCACAGAUCAGGAAGGUAUGCCUUCUGAGUGACAAGCGGAAGACAUCAAACGAGCACCAACACCUGACAAAACCACCCGGAUAUGAGACAGAGGCAAGAACAUGGACGGCAAGAAGAGUCAGAGGCAGUAUCUGGGUAGUGACCACCCGCCUCGGCUACACCACCUUUAUAACCGCCGUGCAGCUGCGUGACUUAAAACAAACAAGUGCAAAGUGUCGUCUGGUAGUGACCAUCCGCCUCGGCUACACCACCUUUAUAGCCGCCGCCGCCGUGCAGUUGCGUGACUUAAAGCAAACCAGUGCAAAGUGUCGUCUGUAUUAGUGGCAGCGUCAGAGUAAGUGAAGGAGUGAGAAGCAUCGGAAGGCUAGUGGUGAGCGAUGCACGUGUUCCUGGUGGCGGCGGGGCAGGAGGAUGGCGGUGGCCAGGCGCGGGAGAGAUCGUGUGGUGCACUAAGGUGGUGAGGCGCCGCCUGCACCUCGUCCCCUUCCAAGUCCAUCCCGUGUCCUCUUCCGAGUACACGUAACUGUCAGCAGACACGCUCGUUAGCGGGACUAUUAUGUAGUGGAUUAUCAUUAUAGCAUCUUGUCACAUGUAUUACGUGACUGAUAGGGCGAGUGCAAGUCAUCGCGAGUGUGGAGAGGCAGGACUGCCCUUGACUCCUCACCAUAACACGAUGGCCUCUCCCACGGGAAGGCUCUCAGGAAAGCGCUGCUUGGUUACAGCCGCAGCCCAGGGCAUCGGACGGGCCACGGUGGAGGCCUUCCUGAGGGAGGGCGCCGCGCUGGUGGUGGCCGUCGACAUCAACGUGGAGAAGCUGAACGAGUUGCCCUCCGACCGCGUGGUGCGGCGCGUGCUGGACGUGAGGGACGGCGAGGGCAUCAAGGCAUUGGCGCGUGACUAUCCUGACAUCGACGUCCUGUUCAACUGUGUCGGCAUCGUGCACCAGAGCCCGCUGCUAGAGACUGCCGAUCAAGAAUGGGACAACUCCUUUGAUGUCAACGUGAAGAGCAUGUUUCUCUUCUGCAGGGAGUUCCUUCCCAAGAUGAUCAGUCUUGGCGGGGGCUCAAUCAUCAACAUGGCUUCCGUUGCCAGUUCACUGCGGGCAAUAAACUGUCGUUGUGUUUACGGUGCUACCAAGGCAGCUAUCAUUGGGCUGACCAAGGGCCUGGCUAUGGAGCACGUGCAGGAUGGAAUCAGGUGCAAUGUGGUGUGCCCAUCCCCCAUAGCCAGCCCCAACAACAGACUGGAACACAUUAUCUUCAUGGGGAACAAGAGGAUUGGCCGUCUGGCAAAGGCUGAGGAAGUUGCCAACUUGUGUCUUUUCUUGGCUUCCAAUGAGGAGGGAAGAGUGCUGCAACACAUAAGAGAGAAGAAUGAGAAAUUAAUUAAAUUAUUAAGAUCUGCAAAGAGAAGAGAAGUAAAUGAACAUUUCUGCUGUAGCUGUUCCCUGCCAGGAAUUGUUAGGAAUAUCUUAUAUAAAUACAGAGAUGAUGAACUGUUUCCUUUAUUAUUUUUGGUACAUAAGUAUUUCCCUAUAAAGCUAUGAAAAUG